GUUUACGGACCAGUCAAUUGUUAAAAAGAGCCAUGUUUUCAGAAUAUUUUUAAAUUGCUAUUCUACGUAUGUUUAAUUAUGGAUCUUGACGAAUCAGUGAGUGGUGGAAGCACUCCGGUGCAGGAUGAACCAGCCUACAGCGAAGAAGAAGGAGAACGGCCUGUUACUCCAGGAGGCAGUGAUGGAGGACCACAAGAGGUCAAGGCCAUGUCAGAGGAAGAGGAGGACUACCAGCCCGGUGCUGUUGCUGUGGCUAACGAUGAUGAAGACUAUGUGAGCGAUGGUGGCGAGGUUGAAAGGGAGGAGGUUCAGCAGGAGGUUGACGACGAGGAGGUGGAGCGAGAGAUGGUGGAGCGGGAUGUGGAGCAGGACUCGGAUGCUGAGAUGCUCGAAUCAGGUAAUGAAGUACAUCGCGGGUCAUUUGAUUCGCCGCUCACCGGCCGAGACGUGCAGGUGUCCGAGGAGAGACGUCCCGUCUCACCCAUGAGCGUCGGCAGUGACCAGCGGGGUCCCGAUUCCCCAGUAUCCUCACAGGAACAUUCCGUGUCCCUGGUAGGCGGUAAUGCUCCUGUGUCGCCCUUGGAGGAGCUGUUUCCUGAGGACGGAGAUUUCGAGUCAUCCCCCGUGCCCCAGUACGCGAUGUCUACCCCGAUUGGGGACUCCCCCCGUGGUGAUGAUUAUGUAGGUUAUGGGUCACCAGCUGGUAGUGACCUGCAGACUCACGGUCAGAGUCCGUCAGUUGCUCGGUUCACCUCGUUGGACCAGGAAAGUUUUCAUGGUUCGCCUGUGAGAAGUGGUUUACAGUCGCCCACAGGAAGUGGACCACCAUCCCCAGCAGGAAGUGGCCCCCAGUCCCCAACAGGAAGUGGUCCGCAGUCCCCAACAGGAAGUGGCCCACAGUCCCCAACAGGAAGUGGUCCGCAGUCACCAGACGCUCCUAUGUAUUCCCCAACAGGCAGUGUUCCUGCUUCUCCGGCCAGAAGUAUUCCAGGGUUAAAGUGGGCAUCUGUCUCACCUCAGAGGUCACGAAGGUCAGCUUCUGGUUUGGCUCCAGGGUCACCAACAGGAAGUGCUCCAGGGUCACCAACAGGAAGUGCCCCAAGGUCACCAAGGUCAAAGAGCAGAAGCCCUCCAGGAUCUCCUAGAUCAAGGUCGGGAUCACCUGUACGGUCAAGGUCAGGAUCGCCGUCACGGUCAAGGUCAGGAUCGCCGUCACGGUCAAGGUCAGGAUCGCCUGCACGGUCAAGGUCAGGAUCGCCUGCACGGUCACGGUCAGGAUCGCCUGCACGGUCACGGUCAGGAUCGCCUGCACGGUCACGGUCAGGAUCGCCUGCACGGUCACGGUCAGGAUCGCCUGCACGGUCAAGGUCAGGGUCACCAGCCCGAUCGAGGUCUGGUUCGAGGUCAAGGUCAGGUUCACCUGCGAGGUCAGGGUCGGGUUCACCUACACGGUCGAGGUCACAGUCAGGUUCACCUGCGAGGUCACGGUCAGGUUCACCUGCGAGGUCACGGUCAGGUUCACCUGUGAGGUCACGGUCAGGUUCGCCAGCGAGGUCACGGUCAGGUUCCCCAGGAUCUGCACGGUCACGGUCAGGUUCACCAGCAGGUUCUCAUAGGUCAAGGUCACGAAGUAACAGUGCCGGGUCACACAGGUCACGGUCGAGGAGUGCAAGUCCUGCCGGCACUCCGCGGUCGAGAAGUAGGAGUGGCUCUCGGUCUCCACGGUCACCGGGCAGCGGCGGAGGGGGGUCUAACAAGGAGAAUGACGAGGAGAGACGGAUGACUGUAGACAGUGAAGGGGAAGACGGUGAACAGAAGGGUGGAGAAAAGACACAUGGGUCUGAUGAGGAAGCUAGAAAAGGUGCAGAGGAUGACAGUGACAAAGAGUCAGUAGCAGAUGAACUGAUCGCCGAUAUCUUUGGCUCAAGUGAUGAAGAUGAAGAAUUCGAAGGUUUUGGGGAAGCUGAUGUGGAAGCACCAUCAAGGAAAGACAAAACGAAACCCACGAUAGCGUCAGAUGAUGAGGAGGCUGGAGGGGAUCACGUGAGUUCAGAGAAUAAAGAAGCAGCACCCGAGCUGUCGGAUGAUGAAAACGAGGACGCUCUCCGGCAAUCAUCCAAGGAUGAUUUUGUGUCUGACUUUGAGGUGAUGUUGAUGCGUCGUAAGGAGGAGAAUCAGUCGCGGAGACGCAAGCGUAAAGACUGUGACAUGAUCAAUGACAACGAUGACCUUAUUGCGGACCUCAUCCAGAAGAUGAAGCAGUCCGCCGAGGACGACCGUGAAUUGAACCGAACACACAAGGCUGCCACGAAAAAGAUGAAAUUCCUUCCGUUCAUCACAGCUCAGUUAAACAAGUCAGAUCUUCACAUGAUCUUCCUCGAUUCGGGAAUUCUAAGUGCUAUUACUGAAUGGCUGGCUCCUCUACCUGACAGAAGUUUGUCACAUUAUUCCAUUCGGAAAACUUUACUUCACGUCCUCGGAGACUUUCCACCAGGAGCGAUCAAUGCCGACAACCUGCGUAACAGUGGGAUUGGGAAAGCCGUCAUGUAUCUGUACAAACACCCGAAGGAGACUCGUGAGAACAAGGAAAAGGCCGGGAAAUUGAUCAACGAGUGGUCUCGGCCGAUUUUCAACCUGACAUCCAACUACAGCUUACUGUCGAAAGAGGAGAGAGAACAGCGAGACUACGAACAGCUGCCGAAGAAACGCAGAAUCACUUUGGAGGGUGGACAGACACCAAGACGAGACAUUGACAAGGCUCUUGCUGGAGACCAGAAGGCUCUGAGACCCGGUGACCCUGGGUGGGUGUACAGAGCGCGGGUCCCGGCCCCGUCAAACAGAGACUACGUCGUGAGACCCAAAUCCAGCAUGGAGUACGUCGAGAGAAAGGGUGGAGGAAAGAAGGAGAAGACGAGAUACGAGAAGCAUGCGCUGGCCUUCAAAGAGAAGAAGAAAAACAACAAAGUGCAGAGAGCCGUGGCCAUCAGCAUUGAGGGAAGGAAGAUGGCACUGUGAGAAGUCAGGUGGUAAAACCGAACUGGAAAUCAUCGGUCACUCAAAAAGAAUAAAACGAGUAUAAUAAUCAAUAAUCGCGCUGUGUGAAAACCGUGUGUUAUUGGUUAAAAUAGCACUGUCAAAAUAACCUUUAACAGCACCGAACAAAACAGAAACAGUGUUAUUGGUUAAAUGAGAAAGACUGGGGAAAAAACAUGAUACUUGUUUUAAAAAAACCCAUUGAAAAUCAUUUUGGAAGUGUUUCUGGUUAAAGAAAAACAUUUUGAAAAAAAAAAAAAUGUUACUAGAUGCUAGAAUUAUUUGGCAGUAUGUAAAACCAUGUGUUUUUGUUAAAAUUAUUUAACAUUGCAAAAAUGUUACUGGUUGAAAUAGAACUAGAAAUGUUUGGCAGUAUGUAAAACCAUGUGGGUUUUUGUUUUUGUUAAAAUAACUGCUUGAAAUAGAACUGGAAAACAUCACCCAGUGCCACACUGUGUGUGUGUUUUGGUUGAAAAAAGCUUUGUGAAACAACUGUUACUGUUCCAGUAGUUUUGUAAAAAAAAUAACAAAAAAGCAUAUGGCAUUGUGUAAAAAAAACCCUCAGAUCAUGUGUUACAAAAAGCACCAUAAAAUAUAUAGCAACGCCAAGACUUCAAAGUAUAUGGUAUGACAACACCAUUAGUGUCAUGGCAAUCGCAUACUGCAUCAAAGGUAUUGUGACCCAUGUGGCAUAGUGAAAACCAAAUUAGAGUUACUGUGAAAGCCAAACAGAACUGUGAAAGCCAAACAGAACUGUGAAAGCGAAAUAGCAGGGUGGAAGCAACACAGUAUGGUAAAUCUAUUGAGAACUGAAGCCACACGACACUAAAAAGCAUGGGGGACCACACUACAGCACCGUGAAAUCAAAUAGACUUGAGUACUGAACAUUUUUGUUUAAAAGAAAGGGUUGAAUUUAUGAAGCCAGAUUUUCUGAAACACCUGUGUUUAAGCAUUGUGAAUGUACGUUGUUAUAUGCAUGUAAGACAUAAUCAGGCUUUGUAUAUUCGGACCAAAAGGACUGAAAACUCUGUGUUUUGUGAAUUAUUCAUACCAGCGUUAGCUGAGUGGUGCAGUCUGUCCUUACUGAUUUCAAUGAAAUUGAAGAGGAAUGUAUUAUUAUUGUUCUUGAAAGAUGACUGUUUGUGUAUAUGCUAGAUAUACAUGUACCAAUCCCUUGUAAA